GGCGAGGAUGCUGGCGGGCUCCCCUGGGCUCGGCCCGCGCUCCCGCCGUGGAGGGCCUUGCGCGCUCCCCUAGCGCCGCCGCGAUCCCCACCCGCACCGAGCCGGCGCCCCCGGAUUUCCAGCCCCGCCGCCGCCUGCGCUUCCCUGAGGCGGAAGCCCGCGGAUGCUGAGGGGCAGCCUCGCGCUUCUCGCGGUCGGGUCCCGGGCCUGACGGCGGGGGAGCCGGGGCCGGGCAGCGCUGCUCGGCGGGGAGCAGCGCCUCGGCGCACUGACCCAGCAGCCCGCACCCGGCCGUCCCGGAGCACGCGGCCCUGAGUCCUGCACAGAUGACUGCCGCCACCCGAGCCUUGGAAACCUGCUCUGUGCUCCUACCAGCCCUUCAGCCCCAGCCCAGAAGAGGCGUUCCACCAUCGGCCGGUCUCAGUGAGCCCUGGUAGGUGGCCAGUUCCGGAGCCCUUCUGCUGCCCAGACCUCUUCUCCCGGGCCCAGUGGAAGCAGACGCCGGCCAGUAUGCCGAGGAACCAGGGCUUCUCCGAUCCUGAGUACUCGGCGGAGUACUCAGCCGAGUACUCAGUCAGCCUGCCCUCUGACCCUGAGCGCGGGGUGGGCCGGACCCAUGAAAUCUCCGUCAGGAACUCGGGCUCUUGCCUGUGUCUGCCUCGCUUCAUGCGCCUGACCUUUGUGCCGGAGUCCUUGGAGAACCUGUACCAGACUUAUUUCAAAAGGCAGCGCCAUGAGACUCUGCUGGUGCUGGUGGUCUUUGCGGCCCUGUUUGACUGCUACGUGGUGGUCAUGUGUGCUGUGGUCUUCUCCAGUGACAAGCUGGCUCCCCUCAUUGUGGCUGGGGUUGGACUGGUGUUGGACAUCAUCCUCUUUGUACUCUGCAAAAAGGGUCUGCUCCCUGACCGGGUCAGCCGGAAGGUGGUACCCUACCUGCUGUGGUUGGUGAUCUCAGCCCAGAUCUUCUCCUACUUGGGCCUGAACUUUGCCCAGGCCCACUCAGCAAGUGACACGGUGGGCUGGCAAGUCUUCUUCGUCUUCUCCUUCUUCAUCACGCUGCCCCUCAGCCUCAGCCCUAUUGUGACCAUCUCUGUGAUCUCCUGUGUUGUGCACACACUGGUCUUGGGGGUGACAGUGGCCCAGCAGCAGCAGGACGAGCUGCAAGGGAUGCAGCUGCUGAGAGAGGUGAGUCCUGCCUUCCCCCACCCUGCAUCCCCUUGCCAUAGGGGCUCAGGGCUCUCUGCAAGUGGGAGGUUCAUGGGGCUCUGUAGAAGAUCUGAGCAGCUUCUGCUGGCGUGGCUUCCUGUGAAGUAUCUGAAGUUGGCCCUGAGGAGUGCAGGCCUGGCCCACUUCCCCUACAGCCCUGUCUUCUCCCUGCAGGAGAACCUCAUGCUCUCCAUCCUGCCCAAGCAUGUGGCUGAUGAGAUGUUGAAGGACAUGAAGAAAGAUGAGAGCCAGAAGGACCAGCAGCAGUUCAACACCAUGUACAUGUACCGGCAUGAGAAUGUCAGUAUCCUCUUUGCGGACAUCGUGGGCUUCACCCAGCUGUCAUCUGCCUGUAGUGCUCAGGAGCUUGUGAAGCUGCUCAACGAGCUCUUUGCCCGCUUUGACAAGCUGGCAGCCAAAUACCACCAGUUGCGCAUCAAGAUCCUGGGUGACUGUUACUACUGCAUCUGCGGCCUACCCGACUACCGUGAGGACCACGCUGUGUGCUCCAUCCUCAUGGGGCUCGCCAUGGUGGAGGCCAUCUCGUACGUGCGAGAGAAGACCAAGACUGGUGUGGACAUGCGAGUGGGCGUGCACACGGGCACUGUACUAGGUGGUGUCCUGGGCCAGAAGCGCUGGCAAUAUGAUGUGUGGUCCACUGAUGUCACAGUGGCCAACAAGAUGGAGGCUGGUGGCAUCCCAGGGCGUGUGCACAUCUCCCAGAGCACCCUGGACUGUCUGAAGGGAGAGUUCGAUGUGGAACCAGGCGAUGGGGGCAGCCGCUGCGAUUACCUGGAUGAGAAGGGCAUUGAGACCUACCUUGUCAUCGCCUCCAAGCCGGAGGUAAAGAAGACAGCCACCCAGAACGGCCUCAAUGGCUCGGCCAUGCCUAAUGGAGCCCCAGUGUCCUCGAAGCCCAGCUCCCCUCUCCUUAUCGAGACCAAGGAGCCUAAUGGCAGCACUCACACCAGCGGCUCCACAUCAGAGGAGCCUGAAGAGCAGGAGGCCCAGGACAACCCCUCCUUCCCCAACCCCCGCCGCAGACUGCGCCUCCAGGACCUGGCUGACCGAGUGGUUGAUGCCUCCGAGGACGAGCAUGAGCUCAACCAGCUGCUCAAUGAGGCCCUGCUAGAGCGGGAGUCUGCCCAGGUGGUAAAGAAGAGAAACACGUUCCUCCUCUCUAUGAGGUUCAUGGAUCCAGAAAUGGAAACCCGUUACUCAGUGGAGAAGGAGAAGCAGAGCGGGGCUGCCUUUAGCUGCUCCUGUGUGGUCCUGCUCUGCACUGCCCUGGUUGAGAUCCUCAUUGACCCCUGGCUGAUGACAAACUAUGUGACUUUUGUGGCUGGGGAGAUCCUGCUGCUGAUCCUGACCAUCUGCUCACUGGCUGCCAUCUUUCCCCGGGCCUUUCCUAAGAAGCUUGUGGCCUUCUCGACUUGGAUCGACCGGACUCGCUGGGCCAGGAAUACCUGGGCCAUGUUGGCCAUCUUCAUUCUGGUUAUGGCAAACGUUGUGGACAUGCUCAGCUGUCUCCAGUACUAUGCCGGAUCCUACAAUGUAACUGCAGAGCCAGAGCUGGAGGGUAGCUGCCUGGAGAACCCCAAGUAUUACAGCUACAUUGCCGUGCUGUCUCUCAUCGCCACCAUCAUGCUGGUGCAGGUCAGCCACAUGGUGAAGCUCACGCUCAUGCUGCUCGUCACAAGCGCAGCGGCCACCAUCAACCUCUACACCUGGCGCCCUGUCUUUGAUGACUAUGACCACAAACGCUUUCAGGAGCAUGCCUCUCCCAGGGUGGCCUCAGAGAUGGUGCACGUACUUUCUACACUUGGGCUCAAUGGCACAGACAGGCUGCCCCUGAUGCCUUCGAAGUACUCGAUGACAGUGAUGAUAUUCAUCAUGAUGCUGAGCUUUUACUACUUCUCCCGACACGUCGAAAAACUAGCCCGGACACUGUUCUUGUGGAAGAUUGAGGUCCACGACCAGAAGGAACGUGUAUAUGAGAUGCGACGCUGGAAUGAGGCCUUGGUUACCAACAUGUUGCCUGAGCAUGUCGCUCGGCAUUUCCUUGGGUCCAAGAAGAGAGAUGAGGAGCUGUACAGCCAAUCCUAUGAUGAGAUUGGAGUCAUGUUUGCCUCUCUGCCCAACUUUGCUGACUUCUACACUGAGGAGAGCAUCAACAAUGGUGGCAUUGAGUGUCUGCGGUUCCUCAAUGAGAUCAUCUCAGAUUUCGACUCUCUCCUAGACAACCCUAAAUUCCGGGUCAUCACCAAGAUCAAAACCAUCGGCAGCACCUACAUGGCCGCUUCAGGAGUCACCCCAGAUGUUAAUACCAAUGGUUUUACCAGCUCCAGCAAGGAGGAAAAGUCAGACAAGGAGCGCUGGCAGCAUCUGGCUGACCUGGCAGACUUUGCACUUGCUAUGAAGGACACCCUUACAAACAUCAACAACCAGUCCUUCAACAACUUCAUGCUGCGCAUAGGCAUGAAUAAAGGAGGGGUUCUGGCUGGGGUCAUUGGAGCUCGGAAACCACACUAUGACAUCUGGGGCAAUACAGUCAAUGUGGCCAGCAGGAUGGAGUCCACAGGGGUGAUGGGCAAUAUUCAGGUGGUGGAGGAAACACAGAUCAUCCUUCGAGAGUAUGGCUUCCGUUUUGUGAGGCGAGGUCCUAUCUUUGUGAAAGGGAAGGGAGAGCUGCUGACCUUUUUCUUAAAGGGACGAGACAGGCCACCUGCCUUCCCCAAUGGCUCCUCUGUGACACUACCCCACCAGGUGGUGGACAAUUCCUGAAUGGCCUCUGGCUCCACAUGGGAUGGAAGAAUUUAUUUUUUUGGAACGGAACAAAAGCAUUGGGAAAGGGCAAAUAACCAAGUCCCAGUGUCCUCAAAUUGCUGAAGUACACACUCCCAUAGACUUUAGGUUUAAGAAUCUCAAGCCUUUAUCUGUUUGUGGAUAUGUAAGCUCUGAGGGUGGCCGUACUAUUCUUCAGUGUGCCUGUAGCUUCCCCAGAGUAGGAGUCUUAGGCAUAGUAUUGGAGCAGCCCUGCCAGAGCCCUUGUUGCCACUCAGGCCUCCUCCCCCAGAGAGGCCAUGGCCACUGUGAGCAUAAGCGGAGCAGAGGUGGAGCCAGCUGCCUGUGCCACUAGGCUGGGAGAAGUAAAGGUCAGUCCUUGGCAGGGCCAGGCGCUGCUGGAGGAUGAUAUACCUCUGGCUGGAAUUGACAGCUGAGCUAUUGUGAAGGGGAUUCCCCUGGAGACUUGGCUGUGUCUCCACAUGGUCCCAGUUAGGUGAAAUGGCCCUUGUCCUGAUAAUCUUGAAAGGUUCUUCUGGAACCCUGUCACCUUAG